UGUGAUCUUACGUUAGCAACUAUCUGCUCAUGGUUAACAACACUGAACACUGAGUCCCGUAGAAUCCACUUCACAUCAUGUCUAAUAAUGCAAAGAAAUCCAAGGAAUUGUCCGAGCCAGGAUGGAGAAUUGAACAGAAAUACUCCAACAAAGUCUUAAUUGGAAACUGGCAAGAGGAAAGAAGAAAGUUUCAGCGAAACUCCAAAUCCCACAACAGUUGCUAUGGUAUAGACUUUGUCUACUUCCCAGGCAAUCCAUCAGGUCCAAUAUUGAGAAGGUCUAUCAUGAAGAGAAUGGAGGGUCUACCAAAACAACAUUUAAUUACCCACCAUGAUGAACCCCACAAUAGAAAUUUGGUGUCGGUAUAUGAUGAUCAUUACAUAAGGCAUGGAAAUUCUGCAUUGCCUCCUCUUCGAACGUUUAAUGGAACCCAUUUAGCUUGGGUUCCUGAGUGCUCUGAUUAUCCUACUGUAGAGCCACCUACUAACUAUGGUCUUAAGGAAGAAAAGGAAAGGAAGUGGAGAGAAAGUUCUUCCAAUGAUAUAAGAAGUCUUUAUUCAGCUUCCUAUAAAAAGCCACCACCUGCUGCAUAUGCGAUCCCCCGCUACGGAGUGGCACCCUGCAUACUCUCCAGUAACAUGUAUCAUAGUAACAACCUCAAUAAAAGUCUAGAUUUCAGAUACUACAGACAUUUACAGGUACCUGAUCAUCCAGUGCAGAGUAUCGGCAGCUCCCUGGGAAAUGAAUCACCAUGUCUUCACCAGAAAUCUAUGCCCUUUGUUUGCUAAAUACAUUCUAUCAGGCAAUAUACUUUCAUUUAUAAACUUUACUAGUCAGGAUUUCUUACACCAACAGAGCUAAAUGUACCCAAAGAAAAUAAAGA